AUGAUCUCAACACAAACCAAACGUUCAAGAGAACAAUUUGAAGAAGACCAAAAAGCUUUUGAUAAUUCUUCAUUCGGAGAGGACUCUGUGGAAAAUCCAAGUAAACAAAAGGUUGUAAGACCAGUUGUUAUGUAUAGACCAGAUCAAAAUCAAUUGGAUUUAUAUAAACCAGGAAAGGAAGUCCGCGUCUUUGUUCCAUCAAAAUAUUUAUUAUCACCAGAUAAAAGUAAAGACAAUAGAAAGAUUUUUGGUACCGAUAUUUAUAGUGAUAGCACUGAUAUUAUUCUUGCUUGUCAACAUAUGGGUUUAUUACAAGAUCUUCCUCUAAGCAAUUCUAAAGGAAUUUUAGUUACAGUUUUAAUUGAAAAACCACCAAGCAAAUAUGAAGCUACCUUCCGAAACAAUGUUCGUUCAAGAAGUUGGACAAAUAUUUCUCAUUCUGAUUCUAAUGCUUAUAAAAUAAUAGGAGUAAAAGCAAUUGAAGAUGAUACUUUAGGACUUACUAAGCCUAUCCCAGUCGACAAGUCGAAUUUUAGUCAUGGAAUUGAACAACACAGAUUCUUAUCAAAUGUUACUAUUGUUUUUGGAUUAUCAGGAGAACCUGCUGUUAAAUAUACAAUUAAUUCUGUUACUGAUAGAGGAUACAAUCACGAUGACCUUACAAGUUAUCGUUUAAAGAAUGGAGAAACAUUAGUUUUGGAAACUGAGACAUCCAGGUAUUGGCUUGCAUACCAAAAAUCAAACUAUGUUUGGUCCUCCGUAGAUAUGGACACUGCAGUUGUAACACCAAUUUUUACAGAUCUCGAUUGGAAGGACAUUAAAUGGGGGCAUGAAUCUGUUCUAAUCAAAGACCAAGAAUACAAAUUGACCCUUACCUUUUUUAAAUUGAUUAUUACACCAUCUUUAUAG